CUUAAGUUAAUUUAGCUGAUCGGCCUAGACGUGAGCGGACAAGUGUGGAACGAAUAUUUUUCCAUCGCGAAAGAUUUUACCUGUUUAUCUAAUUGUGUAAAAAUUACUAAAGGAUCGACAUGGUCGGGCACACCAAUACCACCACGUUGCUUCAACUCCUACUACUCAGCAUCGGUGCCCUGCUCUUAGGAAACACACCCCCGACAUUGUCGCUGCCCAUCACAAAAGACUCACCCAUUCAUUCAAUCAUUGUGCCCUAUCAGCGGAAUGCAAUAAGCGGUCAUCCCUAUCAAUUUCCAAAGUUGUUAGGCGAAAGUCGGCAAGUGUUGGUGCCUGACCAAAUGGAAGUGGUGCCGCGUUUCAAUCUCAAUCAAGGUGAUGUGGCUAUGGGCAAUCAAAAAGGUAUGACAGUCAACUUCGUCGAUGGCGCGUAUCCCGUCUACUAUAUGCCGAGCAAUGUGAAUGGCAAAUUUAAUGGUAAAAUUUCGUUGCUGGAGGGAGUGGUGAAAGAGUAGCUCGUUGGGGAAAAAGCGGAGUUUCUAUGCCAACACUAAUUUAAUACAUCAAUAAUUUAAUUAAUUUUAAAGAACUCGUAAUUCUACUUAAUGAAUUCACUGUGAUACUAAAUGUGCGCAAUAGUUUCUUAAAUGAGAAUAAUUUUAAUCAUUUGUAUAAUUUAAAACAAAAAAGUAAAUUUUAAUAAA